GCGAGAAGCUGGGGCUGGUCCGGGGGCUGCUGGUGUGGUGCCUGUGGGAGCAGUGGAUGCGCCCAAGGAAACUCAACAUUAUCUCCAAAAAGAGCUCAGACUUUCAUGGGAAACAGGAUAGAAACAGUUGUCAACAAGACCUCAAGAUGGCAACAUAUACACAUGGUCAACCCAAUCCAACUCUAAUAGAUGCAAAACUCAGAACAUCAAUGAUCAGCGAAGUCAUAGAAAAAAAAUUUGAGUAUCUUACAAAAGAAAAGACUUUAAAUAUAAAGGGAACAGUGUUCUUAGGAACAACAGCUAGUUUCUCUGGAAUGUUGGCAAACUUCAUUUUCAGAAGUUGCUUUAAGGUUCAACAUGAAACCCUGAAGACAUAUACAUCAUUAACUGCACUUCCAUUUUUGUCUACUGUAGUAACUUACAAGCUCCUUGUAACUGAUGCUUUGAAUUCAGGUAACAUAAGCCAGGAAAAUUGUGUUCUGAGAAGUUCACUGGUUGGCAUAGUAUGUGGUGUUUUAUAUCCCAGUGCUUUGGCUUUUUCUAAAAAUGGACAUCUGGCAGUCAAGUAUCAUACCGUUCCACUCCCACCAAAAGGAAGGGUUUUACUUCACUGGCAAUUACUUUGUCAAAAAGAGAUAAAGGCAAUGGCAAUCCCACUAGUCUUUCACACAGUCUUUGCAAUAUUUACGGGGCUGCGUCAUUAUGCAAUACUUGAAAGUACACUUGAGAAAAAUGUACAUGAAGAUUAAUCAAAGAACACUAAGCCUGCUGAAUGGAUAUCUUAUGGUGAUAACUCAGGUGCUGCUUAAAUAGUUAAAAAGUAACUCUGGGCAACUUGUUUCUGUUCCUGUUUUCUGGUAUAUAAAAGGUACUCAAUAAAUAUUUAAUAAUUCAGUCAAUAAAUGUAAGUUUUAUCUUUGUUUCCUCAUUGGAGCUAUCUUUACUCUUAUUUAUUAAUUCAUCAAAUAUUUGCUGAAUAUCUGAAGCACUACUUUAUAUAUAUAUAUUAAGUAAUCUUUACCCAGAGGAAGUCACAAUUCGAAGAAUAAAAACUGUGAACACAUAAGAUAUGGUUUGAGAGUUAUCACAUAACUAAGCAGGCACAUUAAUGAUGUCGAUGAUAAAUACCUGCACAUCAAGGAAAGCCAUGGAAAAAAGUGGCAUUCUAACUAAAUUUUGAAGGAGAAGUUGAAUGUUCAUAAGAAAACAAAAUAUGAAAAUAACUUAGAGCCUCUACUCUAAAUGCUGAUUAAUUAUACUUACUAAAUUGUUACCAUUAACAUUGUCUUCAUUGUACUGUU